AUGUCCUUCCACAUGAGCGACCAGCAUUACAGAUCCGCCAACGUGGACUCAGAAUCCUUACAGCUCGUGCCAGACUUUGUCUUUCCUCCGCGACCUCUCACAGAGCAUUCCACCAUGUCAAAUCCUAGACGACCAGUCUCGAUGAACCUGGCCCCCUCUUCAUACCACGGUCGUUCCCGGUCAAUGCGACAAUCCACAUCGGCGCUGCCAACCUUCAGCUUCAACUCAUCUGACACUUCUGGCCGUCUAGACAACCAACCUUCAUCACCCACAACUCUGACACCUCCUACCAGUCCGCCAAAGAGUGCAGGACACCGUAGAGGAGCGAGUGAAUUGGUUGGCGGAGACAGUCGAAUGGGUUUAAUGCUAGGACCUAGCCCUUCAAAACAUCUUGGUACUCUGCCUGUGCCUGAUCUCAGCGGAUCGCCAUCUCGGAGACGUGGACAUGCUCACCGCAGAUCAGCCGCCAUCUCCGGUCAUGAUCUAGCCAGCAUUCUCCAACCAAGAGACGCCAACGUACGACCUCAGAGCGCCAUUCCACAAACGCCUACCGAGCCCAUCUCUCAACCACAAUAUCCUUCGCCUUCCAAAUCAGUGGCCGAGGAACGCAAGUCUAGUGAAAGCGUCAUGACGGUGCUUUCUGCUCCUGGAUCUAUUGCGGAAGAGCCUAUUACACGCCCACCUUCUAGGCCCCGUGUGGGUUUCUCGGAAAAGAUCGAAUUCAUCCCUCGACCACUUUCCACUGUCUCUGCCGACACUGCCAGCUCUGCAUCAACUGUGCGUGGUCACUCCGUUGGAAACAGCAUGUCUUCGCUCAUCAGCCUUGGUGGUAUUGGAAAUCCCUCUCCUAGAAGGACAAUGAUUACGAUACCCGAUCUUGCUUCUGAGGUCUCGCCCCGAUCGAUCCCGAGUAUUGUACCUGAAUCUAUGGUCAAAAUUGAGCCGCCUGUUCAAAGAUCUCCUCCUGCCUUCAACCUUGCUAGCAACAGCCUGACCUUCGCUCCGGAAGCCGCCAGCGAUGCUCCUCGACUUUCCAAGAAGAAGACAUUCCUGAAGCUUGAUCGCCGCCGUAGUGAGCCUUUGAUCUCUCUAACAGCAUCAUCGGAUAUUGGAACAUCGACCAUUUCUCUGCAAGAGCCUGUCGUUUGUGAUGACUCUCAAAUCUCUGCGAGACGAUCUGAAGCUGCUGAUCAGGGUCUGCAUCGAGAGUCCUCGAGAAAGAGGGUCAAGAAGUGGGCAAACUCGAUUCUUGGCCGUAGAGCCAAAGAUGCAAAGAAGGCAAAACAAGCAGCCGACACUUCAGAGGAGAGUGAGAACGGCGAACAGACUCCUGAUCUGGGGCCUCAAUCAUCAGAGCCCUUCGGAGAGGAGCCUGAUCUCGAUGCCUUGUUCGGUCAAGAUCCCUUCACUGAUGCCGACGAUUUCACAAGCCCAUCAAUCCUCUCACCACGCUCAGAAAUGUCGGAUUCGUUCUUCCCCUUCCUUGCGCCUUCGUCACCAGGAAACGAGGACACGAGUCCCGUCAUCGAUCUGGAUGCCGCUCUCGGACCUUACGGAACACCUACUAUGAGCUGGGAAGAAUCACGCCCUAUCAUGAAGAGAAGGCAACUUCACAGCAGUCGCUUGACUAGAGGUUUCACUGGACCAGGAAUGCACUACCACCGUAGAACCGAAAGUGCCCCUGCUUUGGUUCCCUUUGAAUUCGCUGGUAGAGCCAGCUCUCCCGGACAAUCGCCAAUGGACGACGUUUUUGAAGAAGAGGAAGACGAAUCACCCACUCAUGUUGUCAAAGAAUCGAGCAUUGGCGACACAUCGAGCCAGGCAGACGAAGAGCUCGGCACUGGUAUUCAGAUUGUCGAUGCCGCCAACUUGCAGCUUGAACCAAACUUUGAUUGGAGCUUCGAAGAUGGUCUUGGAAUCGAGUCGCAAGGCUCUUUGAGAGGUUCUCAGGCUUGUGAUCAUCCUCAGCGUCAGUCUACCCCACCACGCACAUCGGUGGUUGAAGAUACCAUUCUUGAGGAGCCGACUCUGCUUGAAACUGUGGCAGACGACGAGCCUCGAACCUCAUCUGUCACAAAAUCCUCAGAUUCUAGUGGUGCUCGCACCAUCUCGGCAGAGUACAGCGGUCUUGGUCUUCCUGCUUCAAACAAUGCUCCUUUGACACCCACAUCCAACGUCGCUUCGACCUUCUCGUCUCCUGAUCUUGCACGCAAUCAAGGAUCAUUCGACGCUCUUCGACUUGGUACAUCGGCAUCUUCAAUUGCCGACACUCGUACCAUGAGCUCAUUCACUACUGCAGAGCCAACUCCCGAGCCAUACAUGUCAGCCGAUGAUGUUCCUUCUUUGACUAGCAGUCGUUCGACCAUGAUCAGUACCAUGUACCAGACUAGCCCUCGUCGUGAAACCAUGGAACGACCUGUGUCAGUUGCAUGUGGCAACGGUCAAGCAGACAUGCAAACUUCUGAACGCCGUCGCAAGCGUUCGAGUAUUCAAAGUUUGAGCAUGCUCCUAGGCGGUCCUUUCGGUGAGAGCAGACACAGUCUCAGGAACGAACAGCGUCCUCAGACGGCCAUCGCACCAUCUGCCCACCAGGACAGCAAGAGGAAGAAGGAGCAUCGCCUGAGUAAGCUGAUGUUCUGGAGAUCCAAAAGCGAUUCACGUACCAACCCUUUCCAAACCAAGUGA